CUUUCGUGUUUGUUGUGUUACAUGACUGUUUGGCCAACGAACGAACUGAGAAAACCCGCCUGUUUGUUUUUUAUGCAUUCUCUUUUGUGACAUUGAUUCUAAAGGUAGUUCCGUUGGCGAAUUAAACCAACCAACUAACUGUGGGAAUCAAAGAAGCAGAAAACGCACAGUAACGAGACGACAAUUUUCAUCAAAACUUUAUUUCCUCUUCGAUUCAAGUGACAAACGGGAGCUGUUAAAGUACAAACGAAAAAGAAUUAGUUAAAGAAAAUCAACAACAAACAUUAAAGACAACAUUUUUCUACAACUUCAGUGGCAGCGAGGAGAAAUUAUUAACAUUUUAUAACUAAGUGAAAUAAACAAGAGAAGACUCAAUUUUUUGAGCUACAGCUCCCUUGGCCACAACAAGCGCAACCUACUCGGGUAUCGAUAGUCCCAUUUCUUCAUCACCCAGCGAUAGCAGCACACCAUACAACAUGAACAAACUCUGCCGUCAAGUGUCAAUUGAAUCGCCUGGACCUCAGGUCAGAAAUUGUGUCUUCAAUUUCUUUGUACCCAUCGAAGAUACACCCCCGACGGGGGCACGCAUCAAAAUCGUCUGUGCCGGUGCCUGUUAUCGUCGUCGUGAUCGUUCAGCAUCCAUAACUAGCAUGUCAUCCGUGUCCUCAGACUUAAGUGAUUAUUGUCCGUCACAAACGUCACCGGCUCAUGCUGGCAUACGGGAAGGUUCAUUUUUCCCCGGCUUCGAGGUAGCCGGUGUCAUCGAAUCGCUGGGCAGUGCCAUAAAUGAUAGCAACAAUUGUGGUCUGCGCAUUGGACAACGUGUCAUUGUCUAUCCAUUUGAUGAGGCACCAGCUGGCUAUGCUGAACUAUUGGUUGUUCCUGAUUUGAAAUACAUUGUACCCAUACCGGAUAGUUUGCCCAUUUGUGUGGCCGCCAUGUUGCCAACAGGCGCCCUCUUGGCCAUGAAUGCUGUCUUCAAAGCGGAAGAAGUUGUCAGGGAAAUGCUGAAGAAACGUGCCCCUGAAGAUGCAGACAAAAAAUGUAAACUAUUGAUUGUCGGCACUGGCGGUUUGGCAUUGUGGGCUGUACGCAUAGCAUCACAUCAUUAUGCCACGACUGGGGCAGAUAAACAUAUUGACAUCACUGUGGCUAGCUUACGUGAUGAGGGCUUUCGUUUGGCUACCGAAAUUGAAAAUGUCAGUGUUGUCCAGUGGAACGAAUGCCUCUACGAACCACAAUUAAUUGAACGCACAAAAGAUGUCUGCGGCGGCACUGUAGAUGUGGUCAUUGACUUUGGCACCACCUCACGUUCGCUACAUCGUUCAAUGCAUUGCCUCAACAAGGGCGGUGUUGUCUUGAUCAGCGAUGAAGUAGCCGAGAAGUUAAUGCCUAAAUUUUCACGUCUCUCCGUGGAGUAUCAACAAGAAAUUAUAGCCAUUAACAACGGCUCUGUGGAACAGUUGAAGGAGUUGGUACACAUGGUGGCCGAUAAGAAAAUUGAACCACCACCACAUUCGGUAUUCCCCUGUGAACAGGCCGCCGAAGUUAUACAGAAAUUGUGUAGUUCUGAGAUACCAGGACGUGCCAUUUUACGUUUCCAUGAUAUUGAAUAACUUUUUGGAUAUCAAUGUGUACAAAACAUACAAACAUGCAUACAUAUAUAAACAACCUCAUCUCAUAAUGGCGAUUUUCUAGUAUUCAAAAUUACACAGUUUUAAGAUGAAUUUUUAAAAAAAGAACAUUUCAAAGGUUUUCCGGGCUUAUAUACUGGAAACC